CGGGGGCGGGGGCGGCCGCGGGCCGGGCCGCCGCUCCGAGGAGAAGGCGCGCACGGCGCCCCCCGCCCCCCGCCCCGCGCGCCCUGCCGAGCGCCGCAGCGAUGAAUUCCGCGGAGCAGACCGUUACGUGGCUCAUCACCCUGGGCGUGCUGGAGUCGCCCAAGAAAACCAUCUCGGACCCCGAGGGCUUUCUGCAGGCGUCGCUCAAGGAUGGGGUGGUCCUCUGCCGGCUGCUGGAACGCCUGCUUCCCGGCACCAUCGAGAAAGUCUACCCGGAGCCUCGGAGCGAGAGCGAGUGCCUGAGCAACAUCCGCGAGUUCCUGCGCGGCUGCGGGGCCUCCCUGCGCCUGGAGACGUUUGACGCGAAUGAUCUGUACCAGGGGCAGAACUUUAGCAAGGUCCUCAGCUCCUUGGUGACUCUGAAUAAAGUAACAGCAGACAUCGGGCUCGGGAGUGAUUCUGUGUGCACGCGGCCCUCAUCUCACAGGAUCAAGUCCUUCGACUCCCUCGGAUCGCAGUCUUCACACAGUCGGACUUCGAAAUUGUUCCAGGGCCAGUAUCGGAGUUUGGACAUGACUGAUAAUAGCGGCAAUCAGCUGGUUGUACGGGCAAAGUUUAAUUUCCAGCAGACCAACGAAGAUGAACUGUCCUUUACGAAGGGAGAUGUCAUCCAUGUCACGCGUGUGGAGGAAGGCGGCUGGUGGGAGGGCACGCUCAGCGGCAGGACAGGCUGGUUCCCCAGCAACUACGUGCGCGAGGUCAAGCCCAGUGAAAAGCCAGUGUCUCCCAAAUCAGGAACGCUGAAAAGCCCUCCCACAGGAUUUGAUGCAACUGCCAUUAACAAAAGCUACUACAAUGCGGUGCUACAGAAUAUUUUAGAAACAGAAAAUGAAUAUUCUAAAGAACUUCAGACCAUGCUGUCCACCUAUCUCCGGCCGUUACAGACCAGUGAGAAGUUAAGUCCAGCCAACACUUCAUCUUUACUGGGCAACCUGGAGGAGAUCUGUUCUUUCCAGCAGGUGCUUGUGCAGUCCUUAGAAGAAUGCACCAAGGUGCCUGAGGCUCAGCAGCGGGUUGGAGGCUGCUUCCUCACGCUGAUGCCCCAGAUGAAGCACCUGUAUGUCACCUACUGUGCCAACCACCCCUCGGCAGUGAGCGUCCUCACGGAACACAGUGAGGACCUGGGGGAGUUCAUGGAGAUGAAAGGUGCCAACAGUCCGGGCAUCCUCGUAUUGACCACAGGCCUCAGCAAGCCCUUUAUGCGUCUCGACAAGUACCCCACGCUGCUCAAGGAGUUGGAAAGACACAUGGAGGACUACCAUCCCGACAGACAAGACAUCCAGAAGUCUAUGACUGCCUUCCGGAACCUGUCUGCCCAGUGUCAGGAAGUGCGGAAGAGGAAGGAGCUGGAGUCGCAGAUCCUGACGGAAGCCGUCCGGAACUGGGAGGGGGACGACAUCAAGACGCUGGGCAGUGUGCUCUACCUGUCCCAGGUCACCAUGCAGUGUGCAGGCAGUGAGGAGAAGAGUGAGCGGUACCUGCUGCUUUUCCCUAACACCUUGCUGAUGCUGUCGGCCAGCCCCAGGAUGAGUGGCUUCAUCUACCAGGGAAAGCUGCCCACCACGGGAAUGACCGUCACAAAACUGGAGGACAGUGAGAGUCACAGGAACGCGUUUGAAAUAUCAGGUAGCAUGAUCGAGCGGAUCGUCGUGUCGUGUGGCAGCCAGCAGGACCUGCACGAGUGGGUGGAACACCUGCACCGGCUGACCAAGACGGCACCUGUCGGCAACCCCACCAUCAAACCCCACUCGGUGCCGUCCCACACCCUCCCUUCCCACCCGAUGACUCCAUCCGGCAAGCACGCGGACAGCAAGCCGGUGCCGCUGGCACCUGCCUACCACACACUGCCCCACCCCUCCCACCAUGGCACCCCACACACCACCAUCAACUGGGGACCCCUGGAGCCUCCAAAAACGCCCAAGCCAUGGAGCCUGAGCUGCCUGCGGCCUGCCCCACCCCUCCGGCCCUCGGCGGCCCUCUGCUACAAGGAGGACCUUAGCAAGAGCCCCAAGACCAUGAAGAAACUCCUGCCGAAGCGCAAGCCGGAGCGGAAGCCUUCCGAUGAAGAGUUUGCCUUGCGGAAAAGCACCGCCGCCCUAGAGGAGGAUGCACAGAUCCUCAAAGUCAUUGAAGCUUACUGCACAAGCGCCAAGACACGGCAGACGCUGAAUUCCACUUGGCAAGGCACUGACCUGAUGCAUAAUCACGUCUUGGCUGAUGAUGACCAGCCCAGUCUAGACUCGUUGGGCCGUCGCAGCAGCCUUUCUCGUUUGGAGCCCUCAGACCUCCCGGACGACCCUGAGUAUGACAGUAUAUGGACAGCCCAUAGUUACAGGAUGGGUCCAGCAUCUCGUUCCCGCAAGGAGUCUGCCCCACAGGUCUUGUUGCCAGAGGAAGAGAAGAUUAUAGUCGAAGAGACUAAGAGCAACGGCCAGACAGUGAUAGAAGAGAAGAGCCUUGUCGACACCGUGUAUGCAUUGAAGGAUGAGGUCCAGGAGCUGCGGCAGGACAACAAGAAGAUGAAGAAGUCCUUGGAGGAGGAGCAGCGGGCCCGCAAGGAGCUGGAGAGGCUGGUGCGCAAGGUGCUCAAGACGCUCAAUGACCCGGCCUGGGACGAGACCAACCUGUGAGGCUGCUCAGUGGGGCUGCCGGGCUGGCGUGGUCCAGGUCAGCCGGCGGAC